UUAAAGAAGAAAACAUCAACAAAAACUUAUAGAAAGAUAAUAUGUAAACUAAUCAUCUUUCUCUUACAACACCGAAGGCUUUCUCUUCGAUUCCCUUUUAUUAUUACAACAAUAAUUGGGAAUUUCAGAAAUUUUGUAAUCUUUGUAGAAUCUCAACUCCAGAUUCCAUUAACGGGAAAGAGAUGGCUGUUGUGGUGAAGAAGGAUGGUGCGAAGCAGAUGAUAUUGGGUUCUUCUUCGAAUUUCAAGAACCUUGUUAAGAAGGUUAUUAGGAGCAGUUCGAUGAAGAAUCUAUUCAAACCCAAGAAACCUCGGAUCCCUGUCGAUGUUGUAAGAGAAACCAGGGCCCUGCUUUUGGGCCUAGAUGCUGGUGGUGAUACCGGGGGACCUAAGCAUGAUGAAACGUUGACCAAACUAGAUGUCCUUAUUGGGGAGAUGAAGUCAAUUCUUUAUGGUGUUGGUGAAUCUGAACCUGUUCCAGAAGCUUGCUUGCAAUUGACUAAAGAGUUUUUCAAAGACGAUACACUGCUGGUUCUUAUUUUCAGUCUCCCAAAAUUAAACUUGGAGGCUCGUAAGGAUGCCACUCAAGUUGUUGCUAAUUUGCAAAGGCAACGAGUUGAUUCACGGUUAAUUGCUUCCGACUAUUUGGAAGCCAAUCUAGAUCUUUUGGAUAAGUUGAUAAUGGGGUGUGAUGAUCCAGAUAUUGUUUUGCAUUAUGGAGUAAUAUUAAGAGAGUUUAUACGGCAUCAGAUUGUUGCAAGAUACAUUUUGAAUUCGGAGCAUAUGAAAAAGUUUUUUGAUUAUAUGCAACACGCGAAUUUUGACGUUUCUUCAGUCGCUGCAUCCACCUUCAAGGAGCUUAUGACAAGGCAUAAAUCCACUGUCGCAGAAUAUCUCAUGAAAAACUACGUUUGGUUUUUUGCAGAAUUCAAUUCAAAAUUGCUCGAAUCUACAAAUUACAUAACCAGAAGAAAUUCUGUCAAGCUUUUGGGAGAUAUCCUGCUUGAUCGUUCAAAUUCUAGUGUGAUGAUACGUUAUGUCAGCUCGUUGGAAAACAUGAGAGUUUUGAUGAAUCUCUUGAGGGAGUCACACAAGAACAUCCAGAUUGCUGCUUUCCAUGUGUUCAAGCUUUUUGUGGCUAACCAAAACAAACCUGUUGAAAUUGUCAACAUAUUAGUCGCUAACAAAAGCAAGCUUCUCCGUUUCUUUGAUGGCUUUUGCUUGGAAAAAGAGGAUGAAACAUUUGAAGCUGACAAAGCACUAGUCGUGAAAGAAAUUGAGGAGCUUCAACCAACACCACCAAAUACCCGCUCUGGAGAACUUUCUACUAAGCCUAGAGCAGAAUAGGUUACUUUUUAUUGAAUUUUUCAAUCAAAGUGAUUGUCAGCUACUUUUUCAUGCUCUUUCAGAAGGAUAAGCCAUUGAUUUGUUGUGCAAAAUGUAGCAGUUACUCUUUGUGACCUUUAUAUCUUGAUUACAUAAUAAAAUUGAUGCAU